ACUUCCUGGGAAAAGGUCAUCAGUGUACUCAUAAUAUUCCCAGUUUGCGAAGCAUUCAGUUCACAAAAUUUCGGUCAAUCACUUUUGGAGUUAAAAUUUUGUAGCUUUCAAAAUUGAAAAUUUCAAAUUUUAGUCCGGAAUUUUAUUUUCAGACACAGACCCACACAAGCAGCCGGUAAACGCAUCCAAAUUUUUAGUUUUUGAAAUCGUUUUUGCAAGAUGAAUACCACUUUUAAAGUGGCUCGGAUGAGCCUGAAUCGGUGUUGGCGAUUCGCUAGCAAUAAGGCGAGGAGUCCAGUUCCCAGUUUGCGGCGAUUGCCGGUGGCCUCCGGCCAAAGGCGUCGCUUUGCCGAUCGGUAUACCUUCGACGACAAGACCCAGGAGCAAAUUGAGGGCAUGAAAAGGAAUGUGGAUGAGGCUGAGGUGCCCAAGGAGUCUCCCUGGCGCGAUGGCGAGUGGACUGCCGAUUUUCCCGAGCGUCUGGAUGAGCUGGGCUACGAGUCGCACUGCAACGAUCGCCUGUACAUAGCCAAGAACAAGUUCCGUCACGAGCAGGAGCAGUACAAGAUGGAACGCGAAGAGCGUCGCGAAGAGGCCCAGAAGAGGAUCCAAAGUCACUUCGCCCACAACAGCCAGCAACCGGACCAGGACACCGUUCGCCGGCGCACCAUUAUGCAGGAUCCCGCCGACCAUCAGAGGAGACAGGAGGCCAUCAUCGAGCAGAAUCGCCGCAAGUGGCAGAGUCGUCCGGAAUCGAGGAGGGAGACGAAUACCUCGGGCAUUACCUAUCGUCCCGAAGCCCGUAAGCAAAGGUACAUGGAGGAGCAGUUGCAGAGGCAGUCCGAGCAAGCCGAGGAAAAGGAAGACAGUGCCACUGUGGUCUACGAUCCCAAUCGUCCCACUGCUGAGUGGAUGAAGAGGCAAAAGGACGCGGACGAGGCGCAGUACUGGCACUCCUGGCACACCUGUCCCAGUUCCCGGGAGCCGGAGACCACGGAGGAGGUGAAGCCCCACCUCAAGCGCAAGAAGGUGGUGGGCAUUCCGCCCUCCUAUCCACGGGACUACCAGCGACGUGGCUAUCACCAGAUAGUGCCGCCAGUACUGAAGGCCAAGACCAUAGUACUACUGCCCAAACGACGACCCUCUGGCAUCGACAAGCAGUUCCACAAGUUUGCCCGGAAACAGGCCACACUUUGGCAUCAGGAUUUUCAGGAGCCCAAGGACAAUGCCGAACCCGUGACGAAGCCCCAGGUUCUGCCCGAGAAGCAGGGCAAAAAGAAGCCCAAGAGGAAGGAGGAUCGCCGAUCUGUGGAGCCCCCACGAUUCCGGAUGGUCGUCAAAACCCGUACCCCCGUUCCCCGUCCCUCGACCCCCGUGUGCAGCUAUUCCGGACAGCUGGACGUGCCACCGGCAAUCGCGGGACCCAGUGUCUACAUGGGGUCCCUUCGUAAACCCGCCCCCGAGGCCUGGCGGACCUUCUCCACUGCCAGCACCCAAUGAAUGAGAGGUUACUUCAGGUGGCAGGACACCAAGACAGCGUUGUGAAUUGCCCUUUUAUCCAGAGUUAAUUUUUGCAUACAUUUAUGAAUACAUUUUGCUGAGCUCCUCGCGGGGCUCUGGGAUAUUAUAGUAUACUUUAAAAUGAC